AUGCCAAGCUCGGCACGCUGCUGCUGCCUCGUGCUCUUCUUGGCCGUCAUGGCGACCGUCACCACAGCCUUGCAAGUGACGCCAGACUCGCCCUGCGCGUCCCUCUGCCUCGACUCCUCGUCGAGACCGUCCAACUCGUCGAGCGUUGCCAAGAUUCGCGACAACGAAAUCAUUUGCUCCAACAGGGACUAUGCCAGCGAGCAAGGGCAAAAGUUUCAACGCUGCAUGAAUUGCCUCCAAAACAGCACCUACUCGCAAGGCUCCCAGAAUGACCAAGCCUGGUUCAUAUAUAACCUCCAGUAUGCCUAUGCACACUGCGUGUUUGGAUACCCCAACGGCAACGGCAUCGGUCCUUACCCGUGCAUGACGAGCGAGGCCUGCGGUCCCCUCAAUGUAACAGUCAGGAGGAACCUCGCCAACAAUACCGGCACCGACCCCUUCAACUACUGCAGCUACCGAGGCGGUUCAAGCUUUGGCGGCACUUUUAGCAAGUGCCUCGACUGCAUGAAGGCUGACAGAGAGCACGGCUACGUGGCCAACUUCUUUGUCGCGCUGCAAGCCGGCUGCGAGCAGCGUCCCGGGUCCGAGGGCCACCUCUCCCUCAACGGCACCCUCUUUGACAGCCGCACCAUUAGCAUCGUCGACCCCAACAAGCCAUCCCCUUCCCGCAAGACUGGCCUCUCCACGGGUGCCCUCGUCGCCGUCGUCAUCAUCAGCGUGCUCCUUGGGCUGCUGCUCCUCGGCGGCGCCGUCUUCUUGUACAUUCGCCGUCGCCGCCGUCGCUUGGAGAGCGAUCCCCACGAUGGCAAGUCGGCCCUCGAGUACGCCGCUGCCCGGCAGCAGCAGCAAAACGGCCGCCAUGGCCCUUCGUCAAUGGACUUUCAGUGCGCCGAAAAUGUCAGUCCUUUUACCCCGGGCUCCCGCGACGGCAGCUCCGUUCAGCCGCAGCAGCAGCAACAGCAGCAGCACUACCACCCACAGGUACGCCCGACGGCCACUGCCAUCUAUCCGGAUGAAAAGCGCAACGGCACUCUAGAGAAGAAGGCGUACAAUGACGCGCUGCGCUCGCAUCCGCCUGUUGGUUCGGUGCGCAAUUUCUCCCACAAGCAGCAUGCGUCCGUCACCGACACGGAGACGAUGCCGGACGACGUGGCCAAGCCGGAACAGGCGGCGCCCACCACGACCAUGCCGCCGUCGCCGCCGUCGCCGUCACCGUACUCGCCAGACAGCUACGUGACGCCGUCGUCGGCCACCUCGGCGACGCCGUUUCUGGCCCCGGGGCAAACCUCGGUGUUUCCGUCCACCACCACCACCACCUCUGGCACGGCACACGCGGGCUCGUCGCCGACCAAGCAGCCGUCGUGGGACGAGCCGCGGCAGCAGGGUCGUGGUGGCGGGCUGAUCCGGUCCAAGGCGAGCAAGACGGACGUGACCGCCCCGGUGGCGGCGAGGCAGCUGCAGACGACGUUUCCGCCGCCGCCGAAGCGUUAA